UCUUGAGUGGCAUCCUGUCUUGCUUUUUUUUUUACAUUGUUCAAUCUGCUCUCCUUGCCGCUUAGAAGUUUCAACAAAAUUUCAUCAAAACAUUUUUUCUCCCAAAAAUUUUAUAUACAAAUGUCAUAAACAGCACAAUCAGGCCUAGCUUGACUUGUAGUCAAAUCAGUCUCCAAUAAAAGUUCAGUAGCUUUCUGAAAGCUAUCUACUCCUAUGCUUAUCCCAACCUCUUCUGGUGAGCUGGUCAAGGUGCCCAAAAUCCUACUCAACUAUCUUAUUGUGGAGUUUCUCCAAGAGAAAACUGUAACAACAGUCCCGUCUUCAUGGGUGAGAAACAACAUGUGUGCGUGGCCCCCGUUUAAAGGUCUGAAAAAAAUAUCGGACCUAGUAAAAGCGGGAGCUGGUCCCGAGCAUUUCUGGGAAAGACUUAAAGUUAGAGUCAUGAAAGGUGUUGAAACGUAUGAGGAAGCCCUAUAUUGGGAGGAAACGGCUUGCUAUAAGUCAGACAUGGGCACAGAAGUGGAGGAGGAGGCCAUUCCUCCCCAAAUGAAGAGGAGGAAUAAAAAUAAGGAGAUUGAAAUGCUGAGCUCCUCCUCAGGAGAUGAGAGCAUGCUCUCGGACUUCCCGGAUUUCCCCAAAAAAAACCUACAACAAACUUCAACGCCUGCUGCAUUGACAAGACCCAGCACGUCGUUUGUCUCAUCGCCGAAUCUAAACGAAGAGAAGAACCGAAUGAGUGGAAUUUUUAUGAAAAAAGUGAUGCGAUUGCUGGAAUCGAUGCAGCAGGACAUUAAGGAAAUUAAAGAGGCUAUGAAAACCCCGAGUGGACCAUUGCCAAGUCUGCCUGUAAGUUGCCCAUCAUUGCCUUGCCAAGAACCUGAGAACCUAGCUGAGCUAGAAACGGUCCUUCAAGAUGAAGCCCUCUUUCACGAAAUAUGCAAUUUUCUGAGUUGUAUAGGAGGCUCAUCUGUGAAGGAUACGACUAGACGUAUUCUAAGUAAGCUCAUCUCCUCUCACCUUGCCCUGAAGUACAAUUGGAAAGGAACAAGAGGGGUAAAGCUUGGAUUUUCCUCUUUUGAGCAAACCAACAAGCUAAUAUUUGGUGCUGUUCGAAACAACUUGGCCUGCUCUAUGGCAACAGAGGUGGAGGUCCAGACUGUAAUCAAGAGAUGGUUAAUGUACGCAAAAGAUAGGGAUGGGGGCAGGAGUGCAAGGGGCGGGAAAUAA